AUGGGCAUAUUCGGUAAAUCAGCCACUGUCGAUCCUAAGGAUCAGGUCAAACAGUGGACGUCGACCAUACGCAAAGAAACGUAUAAACUGGACCGACAAAUUAGAGGCAUACAGCGAGAAGAAGAAAAAGUUAAACGUUCAAUGAAAGAAGCAGCCAAGAAGGGAAACAAAGAUGUGUGCAUCAUUCUGGCCAAAGAAAUACUGAGGUCACGCAAAACUAUCAAUAAACUGAUUACUUCCAAGACACAUAUGAAUUCUAUACAAAUGCAAAUGAAAAACCAGCUGUCUGUGCUGAGAAUGGCUGGUUCACUGCAAAAAUCAUCAGAAGUAAUGCAAACAAUGCAUAAUUUGAUCAAAGUACCUGAAGUUGCAGCUACUAUGAGAGAUUUAUCCAAGGAAAUGAUGAAGGCUGGAAUCAUUGAAGAAAUGUUAGAUGAUACAAUGGAGAAUGUAAUGGAUGACCCCGAAGAUAUGGAAGAAGAAGCACAAUCAGAAAUUGAUAAAGUAUUAUGGGAAAUCACAGCUGGAGCAUUAGGUCAAGCACCUAUGGCAGUUACUGAAACACCAGGAGGUUCAGUACUACAAGAAACUGAAAUAGUUGAAGAGGACGAUGACCUAGAAGAAAUGAAAAAUCGCUUACAGGCUUUAAAAAGUUAAAUAAAUGUAUUAUGAAACUACUAAAUUUAUACAAUCUACUAUGUCCUUAAAUAUUAAUAUCCUUUUAAUAUAAAUUAUAAAUUAAAAUAAUUUAAGUUAAGAAACAACUAUUAAUUUUAUUAGGAAAAUCAAAACACUAAUGGUUUUUUUUUAUAAUCAACCAAUUGCAAAUGUGUUAAGGUUCAAUAUAUUUUUAUCAAAUAGGUAAUGUAUUAAAGAUUAUAUCUUAAUUUACUUAGUGAGACUAAAAUUUAGACAUUUGUGUUUUCUACUAGAUAUUUUUUUUUUAUUUUGCCAAACUUCAAUUUGGGUAUUGUUAAAAUUCAUGUCUUAGGUGAGAUUUUUAUUUGUUUAGUUGAGUUCUAUAAAAUUAAAUGAAAAUAUUAAAUUGGAUAAUGAUUCAUAAUAAAUUAAAGGAAAAACUAUAUCUGAUCUCUUGUUCUAUACACUAGUUAAAUAUUAUACAUAUAAUACAGCUUAAGUUUUAUAUUUUAGGUAUUAUUAUUAAAUUAACAAUUUAACUUGA